UUCAGGAUCUCCAUGUGUACACGACCCAUGCCAUGGGCACUCUUGCAUCCCUAUACCACCACUGAUGCUGGCUUUGGUGACACAGUCCCAAUCUCACUCUACUUUUAAUCCUGAUUAUUUCAUUCCACAGCCUUCCAAAACACUGAAAAUGGACUAAAAGCAAAGUUUACUUUGUCUAAUUUAUCCAAUUUAAGGAGCUUAAUCUGUGAAUGGGGCUUCCUGCUCUGCAGCUUUUCUGUGCAAUCCCCACAUCCUAAGUUUAAACAGUGUGGCACUCUUUAACCGUGGAAACUCUCAAAACUCCACUGACAAAAUCAGAAACUGCAAAACUGUAUCCGUUUGCUUUACAGAGAUAUGCAUUAUCAACACAUAUGUAUGUAUGUGUAUAGAUACAUAAAGUGGUUUUAAAGUACAUAUUUGUCAAAUCUCGUGAUUCAAAGCCACUAAAAUGAAGUUACUGGUUGGUACCUCUGAAAGCCUGGCACCACUCUAACCAAUUUAUUCAGUGAUAGGUAAUAAAGCCUCUGUAAAUAAAAUAAUAUAACAUUAGGUUUUUGAAUUCUACUUCUAAUCUUUAAUACUCUCUCCCUCAACCUCUUUGUCUCACACCCUUCCAACCUUGCCAUGUCCAUCCCUUUGUCCCCCAAUGGCUGUGUGUCUCUGGAUCUGCCUGAUUGGUCUUGGGGAUUUCUUCUUCUUCUCAACCGUGGCAUGCUUAAGUGUUUCUGUAUAUGUAUGUUUGUUCACCUUGCCAGCCCUGGGAUUGGCACUACCCUGGGUAAAAAAAAAAACAUCAGCCACUGGACCCUAAAAACACACAUGGUUCCUCUUCAUAACAGUCUCUGCCAGCGUCUCAGAGGUUCCCAAAACAGGUCAAAAGCCAAUAAAGGCACCAAGAGGGGAAACACUCAAAUAAUCUUCUUCCCUCUGCGCCCUGAAGAGCUCAUUGUUGAACUCAGUGUGCAUCCCAGUCAGUUGGGUUUGAGGGAAGAGGAUUGGCUAAAGAUUUGACUUAAAACAGGACACUCAUGGGAUCGAGCAUUGUGGAGGUAUAAACAACCGAUAUGAUCUUCCUCCAGGAAGGAGCUGAGCUUUUGUUGCUGCACAGCUCUUUUGUACUCCUGGAUUAUGCUACUUGUAAUUUGGCACAUAUUAAAAAGACAUGGUUUUGUAUUCACUGUGAGCUUAAAACAUGCUUUAACUUUCUUCAAGAUCUUUCACUCCUUACUCCUGCAUAAAAGAGCACCAAACGUCUAUUAAUCCACCAAAGAAAAUAGUCCUUAACAUUUUUUUACACCUUUAUAAGUAGUGUGUGCUGAAGGUUAGAGAGCACAGGCAGAAGGAAGUUGGCCAGACAAUUCAAAAAUAAAACUAUGUAUUUAUUACAUAUUAUCAUUCAGAGAUACCUAAAAACAAGGGCAACGGUAAAGUAAUGAGGGUCAAAAUAUCAUACUGGUGCUGUAUUUUUGGUUGCUGUAGAGAAACAUGUAAAAACUUUAAGUAUGUAAUGCAGUAUAAAAAAUUUUAAAAGAUAGGCUCAUUAUACUUAAAAGUAUUUGACACAUUAAUGAAAUUUGCCUUUAAAAAUGUAGGAGAAGUCUAUAUAAAAUGUGCUGUUUAUCACUUACUACCUUCCAGCAGUGGUUUCAGACAUUAAAAGAAAAUUGUUGUUGUCACUGAUUGACUUAUUUGCUUUCAUAGCUCUCAUAAAGGCAUCAGUUUUAACUUCAGUCUGUUUCAUAGCCACUUUCUAGUUCCCUCCAGGAGCUUUAAACAGUAGAUUUUUUAUCGCUAUAUUAAAAGAUUAGAAAUUAUUGUUAAUAUUCAAUGAAGAAACUCAGUAUGAAUCACAAGCUUGAAUCUGAAGCAACCAGUGGUCCCAUGCUGGUGAGUUUUGAUCCUAAUAUCUGAGGUUUUAACCCUGUCUGACAUUCAUAAUCUGCAUUAUCUUUCAGUCUCUGCUGGUCAAAGAUUUAAGGUCUGAGACAGCGGGGGACCAUGAGAAUAAAAAGAUGUCUGUCACAGUUGCUUCUUAAGAGAUAAAAUCAGCGACUGUAUUGGUGUCGGAGCUGUUGGUGAGUAUCUGCAUGUUUGUGUGUAUGGUGGGGGUCUAACUGUCUGACACCUGCAGCUCUUCACACUCAAAAUGCAAAUCCAGGCCUUCGCCCCCUCCAUGACCCCUCCCUCAAUCCAAGGUUACUGAGCAACGACUUUCACAAAUCUAGAUCAGAUUUAAAUAACAGUACAAAAAGAGGUUCAACGGCGCCAUACAAGGCGUCAUAGCCUUAUUUUGGACAAGUCGCACCAGUAAAGUUAGUAUGGUAAAUUCAAUGUACUGUGCCAAGCCACCUCUGCUAAAAACAAAUUCAUUUAUUUUUUCAUAUUUUUAGAUUCUUACUUUGAUUAAAUUUGAUGAUCAACAACAUUAAACUAAAUUAGGAAAAUGAGAAAAAUGACACAUCCAGCUCACAGUAAGUUAAAAAAAAAAAAGAUUUUUAAUUAAGUAAGGUAUUAUGUGAUUGGUGGUAAAAUUUUAAGAGGCAGUUUAAGAGGCAAAUGUAAUAGAUGUGAAAAUUUAACUGUAAUCUUAAAUAACACAAAAAGUAAUAUUCAUGAUAUUUCGAAGUAUACAUUUGCAGAUCUAAAUGCACUUUUUUAAAAAGGCAUCACUGAGUUUUUGUGAAAUCUGAAAAACUGCGAAAAGGAAAAACAGUGUAAUUUGCCGAAAAGCAGGUGCAAGCCCCCAGCAUUAGCCAGCAUCUGCCUAACUGAAGUGUUAAAAUGAACACGAUCCUGAACCAGCGCUUCGGCUGCAGCUGAGCCUGACCUCUGACCCUGCUGCUUGGGGCUUCUUCAGAAUAUUUUCCCGUGGGGAACAUGUAAAGUGUUGCAUUAUUUGUAUUGUUGCAAGGAGGUGGAGUAAAGGAGUUAAAGCACCUGUUUCACUGGGUACCACUGUUGCACUCUGGGGAUGUUAGUGAUGCUCCAUGUAUUAACUUCAGCUCUCUAAUGCCACCCACUGACUACCAGAGGCAGUACAGCAGAAGAUGGACUGAGCUAUAGACUCUGUAAGGAAGCCAAGACCAACUUUUAGGCCUACUCUGUACAUACACAUCACGGUGCAACAACACCAAAAAACAAAAGUAUGAAGGAAAGUCUAAAGACUGCAUUUUGGUCCAGAUAUUUGCUAGUUUUUCCAUCCCAGUUUUUGCCUAUCAGUGUUACCCUGAUAUCUUUAUUUCUUCUGUUUUCAUGUAUAAUUCUUGACCUCUGCAAUUUUCUUUUUGUUUAAUGUUUUAUAAAAAUUGCAUGGAAAUUAUUUGCAUGUGAAACAUUGGUACUAAACCCAUCUAAAAAUCCUUCAAACUUUGUAAGCCUGCUUGUAAAUCAACAUUAUCUCAAAGCGCCAUCAAGUGGUCACAAUAUAGAAGACACAGUUGAGAGGAAAGAGAUGAUUUGGACCAGGCCAACCAUUUAUUUAUACAGUAAAAUUACACCUGUCCUCUAAUUCCAUUAAAACAUGAUAAUAUUAGACAGAAUUUUCACAAUAUUCAUUCAAAUAAAGUCAUCAGACCCCAUCCCAGGACAGUUGCAAUAUGUCACAAAUCCAUUCAGAUUUAACUUUUAAUUUUGUCUCAAUGAGCAUAUUGGUCUAACAAUAUGUAUUAUUUAUGAUAUUGUAAUGAUAAUUGAAUAUACCAAAUGUUAAAGUAUUAUUUAUUAAUUAAUCUAAUAUCCAAUAUUGAGUUUUGUUUCUUUCUGUAUAAAACAAAGCCCAAUUUGAGUCAAUGUGCAGAUGUUACAGAUUUCAAUAUUCGUAAGUCGAUUGUGGAUUUUACAAAAAUAUGAAUAAAAAUCUUUAAGCAAAUUGUAACACUGCAUAUCAUGCAACACUAGCUUGGGGACAGUUUGCAACAAGUGUUGCACACUAACCAUAUAAUUUAGAAAUCAACUAAACAACUAAAACUAACUAAGUUGUGAUUAAUUCAUGCAAACAGUCAAGACAGUAUGAUAAAAAUGAACCACCAUUAAAACAUUUAGCUUUUAAAUAUCAAAAGCAAGUUAUUUUUCCCCCUAAUAAAUCCAGAGCAUGAUGCUAAAUGUGUCUUCUGUCCUGCUGGUUGGGGGGAGGGUCGAACUGAGCAUCUGCAGUAUCAGUGUCAUCAAUCUAGCAUGUCUCUGAUUGGAGGAAUAAGCCUCGAUGCAACCGUCCCUUACUGCAACUGUCCCCAGUCUCCCCUACUUGUCUGCGUUUGCUUUUGGGUCAUAUCACUCAUAGCACAAGACCUGAACGAUUUCACAGUACACUAUCGAUGUCCCACAGGUGGAGUGAGUCAAUCUGCUGUAAUAGUAUACAUCACAACAAAACUGACUGUAAUGUGUGUCUUUUGGAAUAAUACUUGCUGCACUUAUUUUGAAAGGAACACAGUCUUUCCUGUUAUGCUCCAUGCUAACCUGACACCCCAACAGGUGCCAAGAAUGAGUGUGCUGCAAAACUGCAUUGAAAGAAAAUGGACAUUCAGAGAUGAAUUCCAAUAAAAUGUCAAGUGGGGGGUGUUUCACAAAAACCUUUUUAUGCUUACUUUACUUUCAAAGAGUGCCCCACAGAUCAGACUUGUAAGACAUUAAAGUAACAUCCUUCUUGCUUGAUAAACUAGGCUUUAAGAGUUCAUUGACUUGAAGCUCCUUCAAGUGUGAUUAUGUGUGAUUCUGAUGAGGUCAGGGGAAUAUGUUGUGUGUGUGAGUUGGUUGUUUCUGUCAGGGUCAAACAAAGCAAAGGCUGUGAAAUAUUGGAAAAAUGGUCAAUUAUGUAGUAUGAACAUGACAUAUGCUGCACAGUUAAAACCAUUCAUUCAUAAGAACAUGACAUAGAGGUCUUUUCCCCAUUUCAGACUUUCUGAUGCUAUUUUGACCUUUCAAGUGUACAUUUGGAUGAUGGUAUGGGGAGGAUUCACAAGCAGAAAUUAAGAUAAAAUGCCUCAACAUGGCUGGAAUUGGAUUUUAUCACAAUCAAAUCUGUGUUUUAAUCAUAAAUAACAACACAUAUUGUGUCCUUUAAACGUCCCCGGCUUGGCCGACUUUUCAUAUCAGGAAACAUGGCGCACGUCUUGAACUUUAACCUCGGAAAUUUAUUCAGCCUCGUUAGGCUGUUCGACAAAAUGCAAAUCCAUCACUCAAAAUUCUCGCGAUAAUGCUGCAGAUAUAUUAGGGCAGAUGAGGGGGGCCUCGUCCACUUGAAGGGGCGUAGGGUUUCUUUGGAGGACCUCGGACAGGUUUGGAAAAGCCAAGGGUCUCAAUCUGCAGCCAUGUCGGACGCGGUGGUCAGUUUCUUAAAGGACUUUUUGGCAGGUGGUAUUGCCGCUGCCAUCUCCAAAACUGCUGUUGCUCCUAUUGAGAGAGUCAAGUUGUUGCUGCAGGUAAAUCGUUGAAAUGAUUGUUGCCCAAAGAGUGGCUGCAUGUUAACUGUACUGUGCGUAAAGUGUGCGUAAAUGUUGAGUUACGGAUGAACUGUAGGCAUAAAUGUAUAUCGGUCAGAAAGAUUACAAUAAGAGGACUUUAACUGGACUCUUUAUGAGUUAAAAUGGUCAGGUGCGUAAAGUCAGAGGGCACGUGAGAGGGCCUGCGUAAUGCGCGAUGUGGACACGGUUUUACGCACUGGACUUUGCGGGGUUGCUGCUACGGUGGCAACGAUUGUUAAUAUUAGAAAAUAAAAAGAUUGAAAUAAUACAACUUUAUGUGCUAUUGAUAGGUUUAUUAAGUCAACACUUUUUCCUAUAUUACACAUGACCGCUAUAAUAUUUAGUGGAACUGAAUUGCUAUAUUUAACUUCAAGCUUGUAAUCUAAUACACAGCUGAUUCUCAAGUGACAGGAGUGUCCACUGCCAGGCCUACAACUACACACAGAAAUGCCGGGACAGAAAAGUUUAAACACUUCAUGCGUUUCUCUGUAAAUACAGGGACGUAUUGAAAUUUUUAAGAAUAUCAUUGUGAUUUAUAACUUUUGCACGAAUCUUAGCAGGGAAAGCUGCAUACUUUGAGGUAGUUGAGGUCUGUAUCUAUUUUUUUUCCCAACAUAUUUUAAAUACAUCUCUUGACUGUCAUUGGUUUUAGGUCCAGCAUGCCAGCAAACAGAUCACCGCAGAGAUGCAGUACAAGGGCAUCAUCGACUGUGUGGUGAGGAUCCCAAAGGAACAGGGCGUCAUUUCCUUCUGGAGAGGCAAUCUGGCGAACGUGAUCCGUUACUUCCCCACCCAAGCCCUCAACUUCGCCUUCAAAGACAAGUACAAGAAGCUCUUCCUCGGUGGUGUGGAUCAAAAGACACAGUUCUGGCGUUACUUUGCUGGUAACCUGGCAUCCGGUGGUGCUGCUGGUGCGACCUCACUCUGCUUCGUCUACCCUCUGGAUUUCGCCAGAACAAGACUCGCCGCCGACAUCGGAAAAGGUCCAGCCGAGAGAGAGUUCACCGGUCUUGGAAACUGCAUCUCAAAGAUCUUCAAAACCGAUGGCAUUAAGGGUCUCUACCUGGGCUUCAACGUGUCCGUGCAGGGUAUCAUCAUCUACAGAGCGGCCUACUUCGGAUGCUUCGACACAGCUAAAGGUGCGCACAUCUGGAUGAAUGUCACCUUUGCCGUCAAAUUACCACAGUCUGUGUAUUCUCGUGAUUUGCAGGUGACUUGAUCUGUCCUCUCAUGCAGGUAUGCUGCCAGAUCCCAAAAACACGCACAUCGUCGUCAGCUGGAUGAUAGCUCAGACUGUCACCGCUGCUGCAGGUAUCAUUUCAUACCCCUUCGACACGGUCAGGCGUCGUAUGAUGAUGCAGUCUGGACGUAAAGGAGGUAAGCGGCACGAGGAAAACACAGUAAAAUCAUGUUGGGUAGGUUGGCACAAUUACGCAUGCGCUCUUGGACAUUAGGCCUCACUUUGUGUCUUAAUCCCCACAGCUGACAUCAUGUACAAGGGCACAAUCGACUGCUGGAGGAAGAUCAUGAAGGACGAGGGAGCAAAGGCUUUCUUCAAGGGUGCCUGGUCCAACGUGAUCAGAGGAAUGGGUGGUGCCUUCGUACUGGUGCUGUACGACGAGAUCAAAAAGUUCACAUAAUAAACUUUCUUAUCUCCCAGCCCUCCCCCAAGGAAACCCUUCGCUUUGUUUGAGUCUUAAUUAUUGAGAUAGAGUGAUAACAGCUUGUGAUGAAUCAUAACGUGGGCAUGUUCUCCUCUGAGAUGACCUGGGACAGGUAGGUUCUGCAUACCUAACCCGGGUUCACAUGCCUCCCCAGAAAUCUGUACAUACACACCCCAUCCAUGACGUGCCAAAACGCACAAAACAGUCUAGCAGGUUGUUGAGUGGAGAUGUUGUGAUAUGACAUUACGACCAGGCUCCUCAUGUUAGUGUCUCUUUGUCAAGCCGUGAUGUUGUGAGCACUCUGAUCCAUGUAUCUUAUCUCACCUAUGAUUUUACUAAGAAUAAAGAUUUAUAAGUCUAACAGUCCUGUCUUUUUGAUGCAUGAUACGUUGUCAUGGUAACCUGCCAGACACUGCAAC